AUGACGGGCGACCUCGACCGUUGGCUGGGUUCCGUCGGAAAGCUUCUCGGCAUGGGUGACAGAAAGAAGGGGCUGGGCGAUUUUGCCCUGGACUUGCUGUUGGUUGCUGGUAUGAUGGCAACCGGCGUUUACCUUGCAAGAAACUUUCUUUCUUCCCUCACGAAUACCCUGGCCGACCCCGAUCGAGAGAAACACGAGCAAGCACGGCUACAGGCCAAGGCUCAUCUAGAGCGCUUGCGCAAAGGCAAGAAUGCGGGCAAACCUGGCGAAGAACCAUCGGACGACAGCAGCGUCUCUCGUCGCGGGCCAAAGCCGGAAGAGUUGGUGUUGAAUGAAUAUGAGAACCUCAUUGCGCUUGAGAUGGUGGCUCCGGAGGACAUCCCAAUCGGCUUCGCUGACAUCGGUGGCUUGGAGGACAUUAUUGAUGAACUCAAGGAAUCCGUCAUCUACCCGUUGACUAUGCCGCACUUGUAUUCCCACGCGGCGCCGCUGCUAUCUGCACCCUCUGGCGUGCUACUCUAUGGCCCUCCAGGAUGCGGUAAAACUAUGCUGGCCAAGGCAGUCGCUCACGAGAGUGGCGCUUCCUUCAUCAACCUCCAUAUUUCGACAGUGACAGAAAAAUGGUAUGGUGACUCGAACAAACUGGUUCGAGCUGUGUUCUCGUUGGCUCGUAAGAUGCAGCCCGCCAUCAUCUUCAUUGAUGAGAUCGAUGCGGUCUUGGGCACAAGAAGGAGCGGCGAGCAUGAGGCCAGCGGAAUGGUCAAGGCCGAGUUCAUGACCCUGUGGGAUGGAUUGACGUCGUCAAAUUCUUCAGGCAUGCCAGCGAGGAUUGUUGUUCUCGGUGCCACCAACAGGAUACAUGACAUCGAUGAGGCUAUUCUCAGGCGUAUGCCCAAGAAGUUCCCGGUGUCUCUUCCUGGCAAGGAGCAGCGACAAAGGAUCCUGCAGCUCAUUCUGAAGGAUACAAAGACAGAUCCCGAGUUUAGUGUGGAGUACAUCACCAAAGUCACAGCUGGCAUGUCGGGCAGCGACAUCAAAGAAGCAUGCCGUGACGCUGCUAUGGCACCGGUUCGUGAAUACAUGCGAGAGCAUCGGGCGAGCGGAAACUCCAUGUCGAGCAUCACACCAGAGAACUUCAGAGGUAUCCGUACAGAGGAUUUCUUUGGCCGCAAGGGCGGAGGUCAGAUUCUGAUGGAGAACCAUGCGAAACACUCCAAGGCGUCGAGGUCAUCGGCAGAUGAGUACGAAGAUAUUGUUGAAGAGCUGGGUUGA